AUGUCUACAGUCAAAGAAGAUGUCGUUCUCCGAAGAUGGUGUCACACAGACGAGAGCAAGGUGUAUGAGGAUGUGGAUCCUAAUGGUCCUCCCAUGAUGGCGGCAGAAAAGAACUUGGCAUGGCAAGUUGGCACAGUAAUUAACGUUCGCUUUCUUGACGGUGAUGCACCCAUCAACGCACUAAUCGCGAAAGUCGCCAAAGAAUGGGAGAAGUACGCCAAUAUCACCUUCAAUUUUGUGGACGACAAAGUACCGGUCAAGUCCUCGGACAUACGCAUUAAGAAGACGAAGGACGACGGCCAUUGGUCCAUGCUUGGGACAAAUCGUUCGUGGACCGACAACAAUGGCAAAGUGCAUACUCUGGGACUUGAUGAGGCCACUAUGAACCUUGAUCCGAUUGAUGUGAAUCCGCAGAAGAUGGGUAAGGGCCAGUACGGGUAUGGCACCGUCCUUCAUGAGUUUGGACACGCGAUUGGGCUGGUGCAUGAGCAUCUAAGGCCUGAUCGACCGAUAAAGUUCAAGAGCAACGACGACUUGUACAGGUUUUACAAGUCGGAUCAGGGCUGGAGCGAAGACGACGUCAACUUUAACGUCAUCAACGUCGCCAAGGGCGUGGUGGGAACGCUCAAGUUCGACUUCAACUCUAUCAUGAUGUAUUCUUUCCCCGAGCAGGUCCUGGCAAGCAACGACCCAAAGUUGAAGGAGGUCGUUGGGAAGGCCGUGUUGCCGUAUCCAGUGAAUAACGACCUUUCUGCAGACGACAAGAGUUGGAUCCAACUUCUUUACCCGAAGAAAGGUGAUCGUGGCUCACUUCAAGAGGUCAAACCUAGACUCUGA